CUCCGACCGUUAGGGUUUGGAUUCUAUAGGUGCCUACACAGAUGCCUGAGGAACCUGACGACAUGUUUUUAACAAGUCCCGUUGUCCGGGCAUUUUCCUGAGUAAAAAUCAGCUUGAAAUCCCGGUUCGGAUAUUUCCGGGAGGAGAGUAGCUCUGAGUGGUCAGACAGGCGUUUGACUAAGCCACCACCUCUCCCUAGCAAAGGACCUGCACCGGCUUCUCGGACAGUCCUUGACCCUGCGUUUCUGGCGUGCGGGCCGCAGCCGUUGGCGAUCCCGGUUGGUCGCCCGUGAGGGGCAGUUGGCGGGUGGUGUGCCAGCGGAGGUAUAAUUAACCUUGAAAGUUUGCAUCUGUAAUCUUACCACCAAAAGAAAAGAUGAGAAAAACUAGCUGGAUUAAAAAGAACUGGCUGCUUGUGGCAGGACUUUCAUUUCUGGGAGUCCAUCUUUGUACAUAUUUUAUACAAAGAGCUGCAAAGAACUCUGCUAAAUCAGCCUUGGAAAUUAAGCAAAAGGAUCUUGGAGAAUGAAGUAAUUUUCUGCAAUCACAUAUUAAUUUAUCACUUAUAGUUGUAUAAUUUGUUAAAUAUUAAACUAUGAACAGCUACGUGGACAAAGUUGUCAUUCUGUAUACAAGGUUUCUCUUUUAUAAUGUGCUUGGUUACAAAGAGUAAUAAAAUACUUCUGUAGAUUAAAACAUCUAUAAUUUAUGGAUUCAAGGAAAAUGGAAUAAACUUGAAAUUUUGCUGCUCAGAAUGAAAAUCUUGUCUUGAAGAUGUCUCGCAUUGAAGCUAAAAAGCCUUCAUUGUGUACUAAUGACCCUCUAACUAAAGAGAGAGUUAGUUUCUCUCUGUCUGUGUUAAGUGGAAUAGUAAAGUCUUGCUAUGGCCCUACUGGUAGACUCAAACAGCUCCACAAUGGUAUGGGAGGCUAUGUUCGCACAACUUCACAAUCUUCUGCCUUGCUUGGUGGCCUUUCUAUCACCCAUCCAGCAUUGAAGGUUCUGACAGCCUCUGUACAGAAUCAUAUAUCACGCUUCAGCGACUGUGGCUUAUUUACAGCCAUUCUUUGUUGCAGCUUGGUUGAACAUUUUCAAAGAAUAAAUUUUGCAGCCUGUACUGUCACUAAAAUAAGUAGACAUCUUUUGAGCUUAUGUACUGACUAUCUCAAGUCUGAGGCCUGUGGUUGCCGAGUUUCGGUGGAUUUUGACAGUAUUAAGACUCUUCUCUCAUUGGUACGAAGCAUAUUAGCAAGCAAACCUGCCUGCAUGCUUAACAAAACAGAAGCCAAUCACCUCAGCACAUUGGUUUUAAAGGCCUUUUUGCUUACAAUUCCGCAUACCAUUGAAACUAAUGUUGUUUUAGGAAAGUGUGUAAUUAUUCCUGUGAAAGGCAAAAGAGUUAUGGAUUCUACUGUAUUUCCUGGACUACUAAUAGACAUACCAGAAUUUCAAUUCGCAAGAACAUUUCCUGUCAAAAGAGUUUCUUCAAGCGCUAUCAAGAUGGCACUCUUCUGUAUCUCUAUGUCAGGAGAUCUUUCCAAUAUUGGAGAAGGAACUGUAAUUGUCCAUCAUGGAAUUUCUCUAGAAGUAGCAGUAUUGGAUCAGUUGCUUAAUUUAGGAAAGCAGUUGGUUAAUGACCAAGUAGGCCUUGUAGUGUGCCAGAAAGUUAUCCACCCAUCUUUGAAACAGUACCUGAAAGAGCACUGUGUCAUCACUAUAGACAGAGUUGGAGUAUCUAUGAUGGAGCCCCUGAGUCAAAUGACAGGUUCACAGCCCAUUGCUGCCCUACAUUCUGUAUCUCCUACUUGUUAUGGCAGUCUGAAGGACUUGCGCACCGAGAGUUUUGUUUCAAAACAUUUCUUGCAUCUAGUUCCUAAUGACACACUUGUCUGCAGCUUGAUACUCUGUAACAGAAAUGAAAUGGCAUGGGAUGAGCUGAAGCUUGCGUGUCAAACUGCAGAACAUGUCUUACAACUAACGAUCAAGCAACCAUUGGCACUGUUAGGAGGUGGCUGCACAGAAACUCAUUUGGCCUCAUAUAUAAGACACAAGAGUUUUACCCUCCCUACUAGUGUUUUGAAAGCCAUAGAUUGUUCUCGGACACAAUACCAGUUGGUUGCUGAUGCCUUUUGCCGCUCCCUGGAGUGUGUAGCUUGCUGCCUGGAGCAUGAUGAUGGUGAAAUUCUUACUGAUAUGGUUUAUGGACAUUUUUGGUCUGUUCAAUCAGGUUUUCCCUCUGACUGUAACUGGUCAGAUUUAGUUUUGAAGUGUGGUUGUGGGAUUUACAAUAACCAGCGAAAUCUCAAUUGGACAGUUUUACGAAGCCAAUAUAUCCCUUUUGCUCCACAAAGCUGCUCUAAUGAGCCUUCUAUAAACUCCACUGACCAUCUUGUACUGGACUGUUUUACUGCAAAAUGUAGUGGUCUGCAAGUAGCAGUGGAGACAGCCAAUCUGAUUUUGGAUUUGUCAUAUAUAGUUGAAGAUCAAAAUUAGUUUCGUUUUUAUCUCCAUUAUUUUGAACUUCAUAUUUAUUUGAAAAAGUUCCAAAGCAACAUAAAUAAUAUACUAAGAGACUACUAUGCAGGAGCAGAGUCUGUAAACAGAAUUUUAAUGUCAAGCAUAGUUGCUCAUAAAGCUACUUGUCUGAUUCCUACUCCACUUUAGUUGUCAUAGACAUUUGCAAUCAUAUUUAACAUUUUGUUAGAAAAAUUAAACAUUAAUAGUCUAGUGUGCACUCAGACAUAACCAAAUUUUAGUAACAUGUGAUUGAGAAUUCAGACUAUAAUGUAUUCUAUCCAUUCAAACUAUAUAUGCAAAUAUGUGUUACUACACACACGCACAACUACAUUAAAGGAAGAGGAAGGUUGUAAAAUAAAGCACUCAAAAGUUAGGAAGUGCCACAAUUAAGGUUGCCUGUGCAACCUUAAUACAGUUUCUUUGUGUGUAUGCAGUAUGAUUCAGUCUUUAAUUAUCUAAUCACAUGUACUUUUUCCACAAGACCCCUGACUCAUUCAGUCCACAGAAUGGGCAGUGCUGACUGAGUGAGCAGCUAUUCAAUAUUUUGUUAUAUCAUCAUGUGACCCCAUAUUUUAUUUACUUCCUGCUAUUCAAACCAUGCUCUGAAGACAGAAUUAUUAAUUUCUUCAUAAGCUUUUGUAUAGCUCUGUUCUCUGUAGUAUCUGAGUGCUUCAUAAACAUUAAUUUUAUUCUUGUAAUACUCUUGCGAGAUGAGGAGCUGGUAUCCCCAUUUUAUGGAGGGGGAGGCACAAUAAUUUUGGGUGUCCAAUUUGAUGUGCUUAAGGCCAGAUUUUUCAAAAUACUUAGCAUUGUGUAGCACUUCAUAUGUUAAAAACACAGCUUCCAUUAACUUCACUUGUAGCUGAGAGUGCUCGGCACUUCUGCAAAUCAGACUACAGGGUCUCAAAUCAAGCUCCAAGAAAAUACACAUUUAUGACCAUUUUUGAAAAGCAUGGUUUAAGUGAUUUGCCCAACAUCAUAUAGAAAUUCUUGUGGCUGAGGCAGGGAUAGAAUCCAGUGCAACUUUCAACUGCCUUGAUCAUGAGACUACCACUUUUCUUCCCAUCUCAUUCACUUUAUACAUUUCAAUUUCUGUAACAAAUGUAGAAGGAAUGUUGUAUGGGACCCCUGCUGCAUUUUCUUUGUACUGAGCAAGCUACACACUCUACUGAGAACUAACAAAAAUAUAGUUCUCAGUGGAGUUUAUAGCCCUUACUACUCCAUGUCUCCCCCACCCCACGCCUUACCCUCCCUGCUGGCCCUGAGAAGUGGGUGCUGAGAUGUGCUGUUCGGCUGGUGGGGAGAAGGGGAGGAGUUCUUCUGCCACUUACACCCUAUUUCUGCAAACACUGCAGAUUGCUCACUCCAUUUUAUAUUCUCUACUUCUAUAUAAUCUGCAGUUGUCCUCCUCUAUCACUCUCUAACAGUGCCUCUAUCCCUUUUUUAACCCCAGCUCCUAUCCUCUGUCCCUGAUUUUACCUUUCUGCCACUUCCUUACUCUGCCUCCACCUGUUUGACCACCCUGCUCAAAGUUUGCCCCCUGCAUAAAAACACCAAUGGGUGUUAUAUAAUACGUAAAAGGUUAUACAAAAAAGCAAAUAUGAAAACAUCACAUCUGACUAACUCAGGAGCUGGUACUUUUAGGCAUGUGUGCUGGGAUUGCAUAGAUGCCAGAUAUUUUUAGGCACAAUUAGUGGCACAAAGUUUGAUUCCUCUGUGAUAGUCAGUGUCUAUUAUUUUAUUUCAGUUAGAUAAUGAACAGAAGUUUGCCUUUGUACUUGUUACUUAGCAGAGUCAUUAUUACAAUCCAGUGAAAAAUUCUGUUACACCUAUGUUGUGCAAUUAGUUUGGUACAGUUAUAGAAAAAUGUUAUGAAUAUGAAGUAUGGACUAAACAAUACUUUGCUUCUGUUUAUUAAGUGUGCUAUGUAUGAUAUAGAGACAGGCAGGUCACCAAUAUAACAAUCCAUUGUAUCAUUUUGAUUUCCUAUAUAAAACUUAAUACUUGGAACCCUGAUUAGUGUAUUUAUUUGUUCUACCCCAUCAGUAAACUUUCAAAGUUGUUGAGGGUUUUAGCUGUGCAGUUCUUAAUAAUAAUGGGAUUCACAUGGUUAGGAUUUAGUGCAGCUCUUUCAAUAUAUUCUUUAAUUAUAUGCCAUCUUCUCAUUUAUUUUCAUAAAUAUCUUUUGUCAUCAAAAACAUGUUUUUGGAGUUUCUGACUUUCACCAUGACUUGUUUUCAGGACUUUUGUACUAAUUUUAUUAUCUGCAAAAACAGAAGUCUAUUCUGGAGUUUUAGAUGAUAAAUCUUGUCCAUUCAG